AUGCAGAAGCGCGAGGGCAAGGAGCGGUCGGGCGCCGACGCGGCCCGGCACGCGGCCGCCCGGCCUAGUGCCACCAACCGGGACCAACGUGCACAGCACGGGCUCGCGCCAGGCCGGCCCCGGCUCGGCUCGGCCGCCUCGGUGCGUGCUCAUGGUCGGCCCAAUUUCCGCGUGGGCAAGAAGAUCGGGUGCGGCAACUUCGGCGAGCUCCGGCUCGGCAAGAACAUCUACAACAACGAGCAUGUCGCCAUCAAACUGGAGCCGAUGAAGUCGAAAGCUCCACAGCUCCACCUGGAGUACAGGUUUUACCGGCAGCUGGGCAGCCACGACGGCGUGCCCAAGGUGUACUACUUCGGCCCGUGCGGGCGCUACAACGCCCUGGUUAUGGAGCUGCUGGGCCCCAGUCUGGAAGACCUGUUUGACCUUUGUGACCGGAAGUUCUCCCUUAAAACCGUGUUGUUGAUAGCUGUGCAAUUA